AUUCAUCCUCGCGCUCGCGGCGGCGGCGGCUCGCCUUUCGCGGACCGCCUCUUCUCCGCCGCCACUGUGUCGUUGUUUGCACGAAGCUGCGACCGUUCAAACGUUCAAGGUCGCCCCGGACCAGUGGUAAUCAAAUCGCACAACUACGCAAGAAAUCGUAUACAUGGCUCCGAAAAUAUGGCUAAUCUCUAUCUGCUCGCGUACGCUCAAAAGCCCGCUGUCCUUCUACUAGUACUGCAGUGUACAGUCUGAAUAGGGAUGACGUCUUCAAUGCACAUUCAGAAGCUUGGUCUGGUCAGAAGUCCCGAUCGAUUCGGAUAACGGUACAAACAGAGGGUACGCAACGGCUAGCCGGGCCGCCCAGCAAGUCUCCCAGUCGCUAUAAGAGAGCAGGGUGACCGAAGCAAGAGGAAACCAUUGGUCCUGUCUUGUUUAUUAGCGCAGUAGCAAUGGCAUCCCCCACAGUCAAGCUCAACAACGGUGUCGAGAUUCCCAUCCUUGGACUUGGUACAUGGCAGUCCAAGCCCAACGAGGUCACGAAUGCUGUUGAGCACGCACUGAAGGAGGUGGGAUACAGGCACAUCGACUGUGCAUGGGCAUAUGGGAACGAGAAGGAAGUCGGCGAGGGCAUCCGCAAGUCCGGCGUUCCGCGCUCCGAAAUCUUUAUCACCAGUAAGCUAUGGUCCACGCACCACCAGCGUGUCGAGGCAGCCCUCGACGAGACUCUCGCCAACCUGGGUACUGAUUACCUCGACCUCUAUUUGAUCCACUGGCCGGUUCACCUCAACCCCAAUGGCAAUCACCCGAGUUUCCCUACGCUCCCUGACGGCAAGCGGGAUGUUCUCUAUGACUGGAAGAUCAAAGAUACCUGGGCUCAAAUGGAGGCUGUCUUGAAGAAGGGCAAGGUCAGGGCCAUCGGAGUGUCGAACGUCUCCAAGCGUAUCCUUGAGACAGAGCUCCUGCCGUACGCCACUGUCGUUCCUGCCGUAAAUCAGCUCGAAAUCCACUUGUACAAUCCUCAACACAACCUUCUUGAGUACCUCCGGUCAAAGGGAAUCGUCGCGCAGGCGUAUUCCCCGCUCGGCUCGACGAACUCGCCUCUGUUGAGCGACGAGACGGCCACUGAGAUUGCAAGCAAGCACGGCUUGCAGACGCCGGACGUCCUCCUCGGUUACCUUGUGGCUAAGGACAUUGUCACGCUGCCCAAGUCAGUCACUCCGGCACGCAUCGCAUCCAACUACACCGGUGCACUUGCGGCCGCGUCAAAGCUGACGAAGGAAGACAUUGAGAAGCUGGACGGUGUUGCCGCGGCGGGAAAGCAGAAACGCCUCAUAACGCCACCGUGGCCUGUCGAUCUCGGGUUUGAAAACUGGCCGGGACAGAACCCCUGAGCAGAUGAUCGGCGAAGUAGUGAAUUUGUAUAGGCCGAUCAGCAGGCAGUCAUGACAGGAAUGUAUGUAUCCUGUAUAGGCGGUGAUAUCCCACUUGUGUUCCGAAGAUGAU